AUUAUACAAUAAUAAACAUUAAAAUAUUAAUAAAAAAUUUUAUUGUAAUUGGUGAAGAAACUCCGCAUUUUUAUUAUUUGAUAAAUUUGUCAAGUAUAUUGAUGCAAGAUUUAUAUAUACAUUUGUUUAAAUUCAAUCUGUAUUUAAUGACAAGUGUUUCCUCAGUUUAGACGGAUUAUUGUAACAUAAAUAAUAUCUAUAUCCAAUUAUUUAUAAUCAAUUAUAUAUUUUAUUUAUUCAAUCAACAUUUUUAUAUAUAUUAUUUAAUUAUACAUACACAACUGUUUAUAUAAUAAAUAAUAUAAUGGAUGCAGUAAAAGGUUUGAAUGAUCCUUCAAAUAAAGUGGCAGCUUUAGUAGAAAGAAAUAUUUUACCACAAGGUAUAUCAUUAAUCGAUCCAGCUGCUGUAGCAAAAUCAAGUCGGCAGGAUUUGAUAGCAUUGGUAACAGAAAUUGAAAAGGCAGAUAGUUGUAUAAAAGCUAAUGCUUGUAAUAAAUUACAAGUGAUCGCAGAACAAAUAAGAUUUUUACAAAAGCAAGCCGAGAGUAUCUUGUUGGAAGCGGAGCGAAAUGCAAAGUUACAUCAUGUAGCUUGUAAUUUUAUAAAGCAACCUGGUCAUAUAUAUCAUUUAUAUCAACGAGAUUCGGGGCAAUUUUAUUUCUCCAUGCUUAGUCCAGAGGAAUGGGGUAAUUCUGCACCAUCACAGAGUUACAAAGGUUCUUUUCGAUUAGAACAUGAUCGCUCAUGGACUCCAGUAUCUGAAUUGCAGGCAAAAGACAAUGAAUUAAACCUGUUUAAAAACUUGUUACCUUCUAAUAAGAUUACAAAUACUCUUUUGCAAACAGUUAUGUUAAAUACCAGUACCUAAUAAAUUUAUUGUUAUAAUUAUCUAAUAAGUGAAAUUAAUAUUAAUAGAUUUUUAGAAAAAUUUAAAUAAUAUUGAAGCCAAUACAUGAGGUAUUAAUGUUCAUACAAUGCAAUAUUUAAAGCAUGUAUGUAACAAUUAUAAAAUAAAACAUCCAUUGCUGAGAACAAAUUUCAUUAAGAUUAUUAUGAAAUUCUUUAAAUACUAUAUCGCACAAACAUCAGUGCUUGAUAACUCCCUUGUGCCGGCUUAGAUAUCCUUACUUAGAUAAUUAUUGCAAUAUUUAAGCAAGAAGUACAGAUUAGAACUGAAGUUGAUAUAAAAAAAUUUGUAACACUACUCAACCAAUUUUUAAUAUCUUUUCAUUUGAUAUAUUCCUAAAAAUAUAAGGAUAUAUAGAGUGGACAAUAUAGAGAAUAGAUUCUACUUUUUGGUAUAAUUAUAAUAAAUUAUAUACAUAAUUUUGAAGUUCUGUAUGUGAUACACCUGUUGAAACAAUAUUUUGUACAAGAGUACAUUGUAUUAUGAUAAUACUUUAAUCCUAUUGGGUAAUCGAUUGUGCAAUUAAUUAACAAUAUUCUUGCAAUUAUAUGCAAGAUGUGUAUCAGAUCAGAAGUAUGCAGCUAUAAGCUAAUUAUUAUCUUUAUUCAUAAUGAUCUUUGUAUGACUGCAAAAAGAUCAAUAUGAUUCUUAGGAUCAUAAUAUAUUUUCUAUUUUAUAUAGUUAUAUAUUUCUAAAGGCAGUAGGUAGAUUUGUAUUUAACUUUGCUUUACUCUUACCAUAUGGUAUCCGGAAUACAAUUUCCAUGAGCAAAAUGAAUUUAUUAUAACAUAUUCACAUACUAUUAAAAUUUUUAGUUUAUAUAUAUAUAAAAUAUAUAGACUAAAAAUUUGAAUGUGUGUAAAUAUAUAUAUAUAUAUAUAUAUAUAUAUA